CAACCCACUUUUGUUUCUUUCCUCUCGGUUCAGUCUUUCAUGUUAAUCAGUGUUCUGACAGUCAAAGUUAGCAGGCUAAAAGCAUCGAAGCAGUCCACUGUGCUGUGAACAAAAUUUGUCUAAACCGUCAGAAAAGCGAGGAAGGCGUCUGUGUAGAAAUGACUAUGGUCUGUUUGAGUGAUUUUGAGGAAUAUGCCAAGCAGCACCUCUCAAAGGCUACGUGGGACUAUUAUGAGGCUGGAGCUGAUGACUGUUGCACCAGAGAUGACAACUUGCAGGCCUAUAAACGGAUCCGCUUGAGGCCGCGGAUCUUACGUGAUGUGUCACUCAAUGACACUCGGACCUCUGUGCUGGGAACGGAGAUAAGCUUCCCUGUGGGAAUUGCUCCAACAGCUUUCCACUGCCUCGCAUGGCAUGAGGGAGAACAGGCCACUGCUAGAGCCACUGAGGCAGUGAACACCUGUUACAUAGCCAGCACAUACUCCACAUGUUCAGUGGAGGAGAUUGCCGCAGCAGCACCAAACGGCUACCGUUGGUUCCAGCUGUACUUGUACCGGGACCGAAAACUCUCGGAGCAGAUUGUACGCAGAGUGGAGGCACUUGGGUACAAAGCUCUGGUGCUUACAGUGGACGUGCCCUACACUGGCAAAAGGCGCAAUGACAUACGCAACCAGUUUAAGCUUCCCCCUCACCUGAUGGUCAAGAACUUUGAGGGAAUGUUCCAGGAGCAGGCAAGCACUCAGGAGGAAUAUGGGAUCCCAGCUAAUACACUGGACCCUUCAAUCAGCUGGAAGGAUGUGUGCUGGCUCCAGUCUCUAUCACGGCUGCCUAUAAUCAUCAAGGGCAUCCUUACAAAAGAGGAUGCAGAGCUGGCCGUAGAGCAUGGCGUCCAGGGGAUAAUUGUGUCUAAUCAUGGGGGCCGGCAACUGGAUGGAGUGCCCGCAACGAUAGAUUGUCUGCCUGAGAUAGUGGAUGCAGUGCAGGGCCGGGUCGAGGUCUACAUGGACGGAGGGAUCCGCACAGGCAAUGAUGUGCUAAAGGCCGUAGCCUUGGGAGCCAAAUGUGUGUUUAUUGGCAGACCAGCAGUCUGGGGCCUCGCUUACAAGGGGGAGGAAGGAGUGAGAGAGAUCUUACAGAUUCUACAUGACGAGUUUCGUUUAUCCAUGGCUCUGUCAGGUUGCCGAAAUGUUGCUGAAAUCAACAGGAACCUCAUUCAGUUCUCCAGACUUUGAACAACAAAGAAGAUUUUAAUAAUUUCUAGUUUAUCACUGAAAGCAGAGCACCGCAAAGAUCCACUUUAUCCACUAUUAAUACUAAAUCUAUUCAAGAAACUACUAUUGCUUUAAAUCACAGUGAGCAAGAAUGACAUACAAAUGUUCACAGUUUAUGGAUGGUUUUAAUAUAGUAUUUGUAUUUCAGUAAACAUUAUUCACGGCACUGCAUAAAUUCCACACUGUUUUGA